UCCGAUGGGACGGUGACGGAGAUGGGUUCUAGAACUCCUCGACGUCACGAAGGAGCUCUAGGUUGCGUAGCAACCGCAUGGCUCUUGCAGGGAUUCCGGAGACUCCUCCGUUCUCACGGGGAGCUCUAGAAUGGGACAGAUCGCCCUUAAGUCCGGCUACAUGUCUUGCUGGUCGGCCGGUGUCGCUUUGGGGAUCCUAGUCCUGUUGCUGUGCGAUGGCCCCGGCUGUGGACUUCACCUUGAGUUGUCUGACAAUGGAACUCCUGCAGGACUGGCACGUGUUAGAAAGACAGCUGGAGAGAUGGACAUCAUCUUUGUUCACGUUGGUGCCAAGGAAUUCACUAUCCCCUGCAAGUCUUCAGAGAUGGAUGUUGUGAUUGGUAUGAAUCCCACUUACAACUGGAGCCUGGAAAACGAAGAAACCCACCCCCUCAGUGGUGAUGCUUCCCUGACUCUACAUGAUUUUCAUACUGAUGACAGUGGACUGUAUGUCUGCACAGUCUCCUACACCAUGGAUGGCCAGCUCCAUACUAAGACUUUCUAUCAUACAGUGGUGGGCUACCACAUACGUGCAGAGCUGCACGUCCUACUGCUUUUUCAGUGCAACUCUUGCGAUGAGGAAUUGACACACGGGUUCCUGAAGACCCUGCAAGAGCAUCUGAGUGAGGUGGUGCGCCACCUCCACUGUGAACUUCUGCUUGGCGCCAUCAGCUGCUUCCCCACCAUAGAGAAACCGUUGGAUGAGUUCAACUUCCAGGUAGAGCUUGAAGUAUCUCCUUUUGGGAAGGGCUGGGAUAAGUUCUGCUCCCCCAAGGCUGAUGCACUGGAAUUUGAUUGUUAUAAUGGAGCUGUCUUGAACAAUCUGCAGCAGGCCGAGGAAGCAAUAACCAUAUUCAUGAAGAACAACAAACGUUUCCCCUUGGGAGAGUCGGCCACCUCCCGCACCUCCUUCGUCAACACCUUUCUCAACUUUCUGGAGGGUGGAACAUGCCUGGAAGGUUAUGGACAGACCCAGGAGCUACAGGCACGCUGUCCCGACUGCUGUACCGUGUGCCCUCCUGGAACAUAUAGUGUGACUGCAGCUGGAAAUUGUGUUCCCUGCCCAAACGGAACAUACAGCCUGCGCUAUGGGGCAACUGUGUGCAUUCGGUGCUACCACAACGGGUCAACCUUGCAUCCUGCUGCCAGAACAGCUGCGGAAUGCAUGAACCCAGAAGUCCCUCCAACACAUGGGUUUCCUGCUCUGUUGGUGACCUUUGUCGUCCUGCUGCUUAGUUGCCUCUGUAUCAUUGUGCUCUGCUGCUGGUGCUUCCGCCGUAGCAGGAAGAAGAAACACGAUUCUUUUCCUAAAGGCGAUGGCGAGACCAAGCAGGAAAAAGAAAUCACAGUCCUUGCUGUUCCGGACUCCCCAAAAGAUGACUCUCCCCUGUUGCCUUCUCUCACUUUGGAGAACCCUGACAAGGAUGACUCUCCCCUGUUGCCUUCUCUCACUUUGGAGAAUGCUGAAAAAGAUGACUCUCCCUUGUUGCCUUCUCCCACUUUGGAGAAUCCUGACCAAGAAGAAGGGGUCAUGUUUCCAACUCCUUCCAAUCCAGAGGAAGAGCCAGGUGGGGCUGUUUUGCCACCCCCUUUAGAGCUAGAAGAGCAGCCUGUUAUUGAAAAUGUUGUGUUCCCAUCAUCCUCGCCUGUCUCAGAUUUUGAAAGUACAUAAUUCCCAGUAAAUUCAUGUCCAACAAAC